CCUUCAUAUUUGUUUGUAACAUUAAAACGAAUUUUACAAUUUUGAAAUACUUUACUUUAAAAUGGAUAGUAACAAUCUUGCAAGUGGCGAUACAAACGAAUCUAGCACACACGCAUCACCGAGAACUUCGGGAGAAGAAACUCACAUAUCUGCAAUAGAGGAGAUGAAUAACAAACAGAUGAGUCGUAAUGAAAUAAGUCCAAAGGACAUAGAUGAUAAUGAAACUAAUUUGAAAGAACGAAUAGCACAGUGUAGAAGUUUAAUCGAAUCAUUAAAACACGAACUUAGUGAAGAAAAGUCUAAAUUAGAAAACGAAAGUAAAACCGCGCAACCUGAUAUAACUAGGAUCAACCCUAGUACGUCAGACGAUGAUAAACUAAAUACAAAUAGAUAUCGAGAGAAGAUCAACUCAAGGAAAGGUGCAGUUCUUGAACUUAAUUCAUAUGCUGCUAUGGACAGCAGAUUAAAUUGCGACGAAAACUUGAUUGAAUAUGAAAAGCAACUUCAGCGAUACCAAAACACAUUAAAUAUGGCUCAGAUAGAAAAGAAAAACGCAAUACGAAAACAAAUGCUAUCAAAAGCUUUUAAUCUAAAACUUCUUGAAGUUGAGAACCAAUGCAAUAUAGAGUUACUUCGAGUAAAACAAAGUCUUCAGUGUUUGAAACCUUUACAGAUGAUAGCGAAUAAAUGGAAAACUAAUACUGAUGAGACGUACGAUUUGAACAAUUACGAACUGAUUCCAAGAUAUCCAGAAAUUAAUUCCGACGCAUUUACCGACUUCAAUAAAACAGCAGCUUUAGAUAUAAAAAUUACCGAUGACAAGUUUGAAAAUAAUUUAGAACGUACCGAUUAGCCGAUGGUUACUUAAUUCCAUUUGAAUAACUUUUAGACAUGUUUUGUUUCUAAUGAAAUUAAACAACCUUUGUAAAA